AUGGUUACUUUAUCCGAACACGAACAAUCAUCAUCUCAUCAAUCGGUCAAUACUGAAUCAAUUAAAAAUUCAACUGUUGAUACUCUACCGAAUGUUAUAUCUCCGACAAUUAUAAAUAUUGGACCGUCGUGUCCAUUUACAGUAACCGUUAAUAAUGAUAUUCUACAUGAAGCUAAAUUAAAACAACUCGAAAGUGAUGAAAUUAAUUCAUGUUCAGUGAAUGAGAUGCCUGUGAUUAAUAGUAAAUUUAUAUCUUUCACAUAG